AUGUCUGACAAUGAUACACAAACAUUACUUUCACCUGUUGAUACAGUAACAUUAUGUACUAUGAGUGCCAUAGACAUUGACCAAACAACAACAAAAGAGAAAACUCCCCAGCGCUGCAGCCCAACUGCGGCUGAGAAUCAGACAAAUACCGGACAAGAAGGGGAGAUUACUGACCCAUGUUCCUCUGUCGAGCAGAGUGAUGCCCCCAAAUCCAGCCCUGGACAAAGUGUUAUUAUAAUUCAAAAUUCUAGUGAUGUGAAUAUGGAGGAGUUUGAGCCUUCGCUGCUGAAAUGUGUGAAACAAGUUUUAGCAGAGGCUGAGUGUCAAAACUCGCUGAUGAUUAUUAAUCGAAGUCAAGAUGGUGGCGAGCCUGGAGAAGAACAGGCAACUUAUAUUAUAGACCUUAUUUCUCUGGGAAAGCAUGCAGGCAGUUCCAAAGAGGGUUCUAAAGGAUCUGGAUCAUGUGUAGAGCUAACUACCUCAAACUCAUCAGAAAUUGUUGGAGCAGCACAAAAUACCUCAUCAGCAUUUGUUGAAAACUCUGCGAAUGAAGAUCUGCCUGACUCAAAUCCUGCUGCAGAUAAUGAACUUGAUUCACCAAAUCUUCUAGACUUCCAGGAACAGGUGGAAAUAUCAUUUGUUUCUUGUCCUUCAGAGAUGGAUUUGAACAACCCAACAAGUGAGUCAGACCUCAGCAUUGACAUAGUGUCUUCUCAGAAUGUGGCGUCAUCUGUAAGCCAACAUCCACACCCAAGCGAGUUAACGCAAGCUACAGGUAAAGCAUCAGGUGUCAAAAAUGUCAUGGAAGCAAGUCAUUUGUCAAUCUCAUCAUCUGCUUUACCCCACAGACCGCUAGCAGCAUCCGCAGCUGCCUCAUACCCCACCAGCAUGUCUUUAUCCUCACUUGCAGCAUCCAUUACAACAGAGACCUCAGAAGCCAGUGUAUUUCCACAGCAAGAAUCUCACAUUUCUACUCAGGAUCAUUUUCAGGUAACCACAAAUAUAACUGAAAGAGAACUCAGCAGAGGACAGUUAAUAAUAAAACAGGAGACUCGGUUUGAGGAAGUUCCAUCAGAAAAUGUGCAGCUUCCAGAUAAAAAUAGUCCCGAAUCACUCAUCACAAUGUAUUUUACUUCGGCUGGAGAGUUCAAAGAAACAUUUGAAAGAAUCAGCAUAGACACUGCUGCUGGUAUUAUGCAGCCUGUGGACGAACCCUCAGAGAUUGCGAACAUAAAGGCAGCUGCUGUUGCUUCUGAUGAUUCUGGUCAGAAAAUUCAAAUUCACAAACCGGGAGCAGCUAUAUCAGAGACAAAUGAUUGGUCAGAAAAAUUUGCUGACAGGUAUACUUCGGUUAUACCGUCGGUGAUGUCUGGGCGAGUUUUGUACCGAUGUGCGGAGUGUGGAUACUGCAGUCACAACAAGCAUUACUACAAGCAGCACGUGGAUUUGGUACACAACGAGGACAGGCCUUACAAAUGUCCCCACUGUGAUUACGCUGGCAAGCGCCGACAUGCACUUUUGGAACAUUUAGUGGUGCAUUCAAAUCAAAGGCCGUUCACCUGUGACCACUGCAAUGCAAGUUUUAGAAAGAAGGGCCACUUGACAAACCACAUCAAGCUGCACACUAGCCAACGACUGGUCCACUGUGGAGUCUGCAACAUCCAGCUGCCUGAUUCAGAAGCAUUCGAGGCUCACCUGCACAAGAUCCACAACACAGACAAGCUCUAUAAAUGCAGGCUUUGUGAGUACACAGUGGUGGACAGGGAGAUCAUGCUGAAACACUUACAUGAACAUAACGAAGCAGUUAUGUACUCCUGCCCUAAGUGUCCUAGUUUGUUUAAUGAUGAGGAGAAUUUGGUUCAGCAUAUGAAAGGUAACCAUCAUUUUUCCUUUGUGCGAAAGUCCAGUCAGAGGUUUGGAGAGGCAAAUGUCCUAACUGGCACAUUGCCCCAGCCGGCCAGUAUCAUCUGCUCGGAGUGCGGCUUUGUUUGCAAGGACACUGACAUGAUGCAACAGCAUAUGUGGACACACAUCAAGAAAGGUUCCAAACUGAACCUUCAGACGAAUGACAAUACCAGAGUUAACUCAGCCAGCAAAGAAGGCAGCCUUGGUACACUGGGUGUCCUGAAAAUGAACGUGGACUUAGGACAGAAGACUUUGCCGAAAGAUGUGGUUUACCAGUGCAGCAGCUGUAACUUUACAUCCAGCGAUAAUUCUGUGUUUAUUAAACAUAUGCUUGCUCAUAAGGCCCAGGAGAAAAAGCAGCAGUCUGAUGUGAUUGGCCAUGUAAAGUUUCCUGGGGAAGAUAACCAGACAGCAGAAGCACUGCCAAAUACAUCUGCACAGUACACAACUAAGCCAGUGACUUACUAUUCUGGCAAAUCAAACUCACAAGCCAAGUUAGACUCUGGGGUACCUUUUAUUUAUGACAAGGCCUCGGCCAGAUUUCGAUGCAUAAUCUGUGGUUACCACUGUGAAUUUCAGCGUACAAUCAAAGCUCAUAUUUGGAAGCAUUCAGGUCACCAGAGCAUAGAGUAUCCCACAUUUGAUCACCCUGGCUCAACAAAAACUAUCCUAGGGCCAACUACGAAUCAUAUUCAGGCACACAGAGAGCUCUCCAGACAUCCUGAGGGUGUGAACCACACUGGGACAAACUCCACAGCGGGCAGCACGUCAGACAUGUCAUUGUCACAAAAUCUGCCAGUGCUGAUGACCAGGUCUGGGGACACAGUUCAGUUGGUGCCUGUGAAUCCCCUCAAGGCCAACUAUAAACCAGGGGAGAUCAUUCAGAUUAAAAAUAAUACCGUUAUUUUUCCGUCUGAGUGCGGCAGAAAUUCAGCUGCUAGUCGGUUUCUUGAGUCCAUUGCAUUCUCCAAUGAGUGUUCUGAGGGAUCACAAGCCAAGGACGGAGCAGUAUCACAACAGUCUUCCAAAGGUCAUGCUAAUAUUGUUGCUAGCGAGAAUCAAACUGUGUCCAGGGCUAUCAUUAAGUCACUUGUAUGUGACAACCAGCCAGUGAAGCACCAGACAAGCCUAGUGGACACACCCUUAAAGAUAGAGAUCAAUGACCAGGAUGACACCACUAGCAGUUGUGAUGUAGAGGAGAGCUGCUCAGAACCUGGUGUGGUAGUCGAAGUGAUGGACACACUUCCUUCAGGUGUGGGUCUCACAGCCAUGAAGAGCCAGCAAGGUAGUCCUCGAAUACCAGAUCUUGAUGGAAGUUGUGGAGAAAGAACUUUGAGAGCUCUUAGUGAAAGAAUACCUUCUGUUGAAUCUGACGCGGGAUUGCUAGAAGCUGAGAAAGUAGUUUUGGAAGCUGGUGAGACCAGAGCAUCACAACUUCAAGCAGUGGAUUCAACCAGAAGUCAACUUAGCCUCCCUGUCAGAAUGAGGUGUCCUACUUGUGACUGUCUUCUGUCAGAAGAUUUCAAAGUCCAUCUCUUAAGCUGCCAGAAUAAAUCGGUGGAGGCAGAAGUAAAAACCUGUGACCUUGAGCCAAAUUCUGAAAGUGAACAUAAGCAGAAGGUAGAUCUGGAUGAUGAGGAUGACAUAGAAAAUCAACCUGGUGAAGAUACAGAUUCUCUUGAGUCAUCUGACGAGAUGACCAGUUCUGUUGCAUCUUCAGGCCAGCCAAAAUCUGGCAUCUGCUCAUCCUUACUGGCAGUUAUUGAACAACUAAGAGAGAGAUCUAGAUCAGAAAGUGAGGAGGACAAACAGCUCCCAGCUGUCUCCAAAAAGGGAAGUAAAAAGAAAAUACGUCAGAAUGAAGAAGAAGUUGACCUGAUGUCAAUCGAGGAUUUGCAGAACAUUGAAAAGAUCUCAGAGAAUGGUGGAGAAAAGUUCAGAUGCAGCCUAUGCCAUUACAGCAGCCACAGAAUCUGCAACAUCAAACUGCACAUGAAAACACACAGGCAGAAAAAGCCAUCAGAAUGCUCUCUCUGUGAUUUCUCAUCGACCUCACCUGAAGCCCUUCAAGAACAUAUGCUAAAGCAUUGUAAAGUCAGAACCUACCCCUGCAAGUUCUGCCCCCAAAGCUUUAACCACAAGAGCACCCUCAGAGCCCAUCUUCGUGCCCACAAAGACCAGGAGCCUUUUUUGUGUGCUUACUGUGUAUUUGAAACUACAAACCCUUUGGAAUAUCGAGAGCACAUGCAAGUCCACUCUGGCUGCUCUUCAAGACUCAGAUGUCCAGGUUGUGACCUCAUCCUCAGCAAUAAAGAAGAACUCACUGCCCAUCUGUUGAUGUGUAAGGGUGGGACAAAGAAAAGUCGAUUUGUUGACAAAAUGGAGAUGCCAGAUGUCAGCUCGGAACAAGACUUUGAAAGAACUGAAAAUAAAUCGCCAUUGGAUGAAAUUUCUACCCAUCAUGCCUGUGUGGUUCCGGGAUGUUCAUUCUUCAGCAACAACCUGAAGGAGUUACAGGAACACCUGUCUAUCCAUUGCAACCCGUCAUCUCUUGUCUGCAAUUUGUGUGACUUCAAAGCUCUACACAGCCGUAGUCUCAAAUCACACAUGAAGCGACAUGCCAAUGACCAGAGGUACGUCCAGCAGCCCUUGGAGCAGUACAAGUGUAACUUGUGUGGGUAUGUUUGCCACCACCUGCCGUCCUUGAAGUCCCACAUGUGGCGUCACGCCAGCGACCAGAGCUACAGCUACGAGUUCACCAACGAUGUCAUCAACGCUGCUAUUGACCACGACACCAGAGUAGAUGCAGACGGAGAGGCUGACGACCCAGAAUUAUUGGAUAGGGUCAUUAACUCUGAGAGAAAAAUCUUAGAAGGCGAGUUAUCAAAAUACAGUAGAGGCGAUGGUAAGCGACCAAUUUGCUGGGUGACCUUUAGGUGCUGCAGUUGUGGUUUUGAAACAAUUAACAAAGCAAAACUCAACAUUCACAUGCGUAGUCACUCAGAUAUCAUUCAAAAAGCUUUGGACAUCCCUAGAAAAUCUGGAAAUGUACAAAACAAAUCUGUUUUAAGCCCACUGCCAACAGUAAAGUUCACUAGCAAGAGGUCAAACAUCUCGACAGAUAUACCAAUUAUUCCUCAGAAGUUGACUAAAAAGGAAUGA